UCAGCCGUUCCCGCCUCCCCCGCAGCGCUUCCCGCCCGCUCCGGGCAGAGUUACCGGGCGUGAGGAGCCGCUGGGAGCCCUCGGCGGGAGCCGCAGCCCCGCUCCUGGCAGCUGAGGAGGUGCGGAGGACAGCAGGGAGAGGAGCUGCGGGACAAGCCUGGAUUCAGUUGGAGAAAGUUUCCUUCUGUCCGAAACACUCUCUAGAAAGGGCAGAACUAGACACAGACACAGUCCCUGCUGCUCACAGAGCUGCUUGCAGCAUGCCGGAGCUGAGGAAUCUACCAGGAGGGAAGGAUGGAUGCUGGUGCCUCUGCAGUUUGUCUCACAGAUGGCAAAGGAAUAACCUGCCAUCAGGGUGUCUGUCUCUGUAUUCCUGCCAAAAGCACAGAUGACAUUUCCUAGUUUGUUUUAACGUGAGCUCUGCUUGAAAUUUUCUGUUUCUCUCAUCAUCUGCACUGCUGUAGUUUACUUCAGUAAGUGAGGACUCUUCUCAUCAUGACCUCUUUUGAAGAAACCGAGACAGAAGAAACAGUGACGUGCCUCCACAUGACCUUUUACCAUCCUUGCCAAGAGGAGAAGAUGAUGUUUCGCUGCCUGAACUUCUGUAAGCGAGAGCAGGUCAGGGCGGAUGAAGUGGCCAAGUUUGGCCGCGAUUCCAAGAUCUGCCGUUACAGCUUGAUGGACACGCGUGUCUCUCGGAUCCAGUUUGCCCUGCAGUUCUACAGAAGACUCCACAGCUCAGAAUACUGCUUUGAGAUAAAGAACUUGAGCAAGAGAACAAAACUGACUGUGAACCAAACGGAACUGGGUUACCUGAACAAAAUUGACCUGCCCUGGAAGUGCAUCAUCUGUUUCGGGGACUACCAGAUCUUGGCAGAGAUCCAAGAAGGGGAGUCCGUGGAUUAUUUCGAGACUCACCUGCACUUGGCCGAAGCACCGAUCUUACAGGAAAGAUCCCUGCCAUCCCUGCAGCCUGUACCUGAGAGUUGCAUUUCUUCUUCCACUCUUCUUUGCCAAGACAAAAGCCCCACAGAGAUGGAUGAAAACGAGCCAUACUAGCAGGGAGAAGGAGCUGGAGCAGAUUUUGCAGCCUGCACAACUUCUAACAUGGAAGGGCUGUCACCUCAGUCCAGUGUUCUUGCUGGUUCUCACCCCUGCACAUCAAGUCUUCUUACUUGGUGUUUUCAGCACAUUCCAGAACAUACUUCGUUGCACAGAGGAACAGAUUCCUGUCACACCUUCCCGGGGGGCAUAAGUGCUCUCUGAUCCCCAGUUUGCCUGUGGGAGACAGGGGGCCACUCGAAUCCAUGGCAGCAGGUUCCAUUCCAGAACUGUGACCACGUGCCUUGAAGGGAUGUUUUAACAGGCAUUAGUAACACAGAGCAUGCACAGCAGGGUUUUGGUCCCAGCUAAGGAGGGGCAUAAUUUCUCACUGCGUUUGUUGUACUUUGUGCUUUGCUUUUGACACGGGAUUCCAAAGAGUUAUUUGCAAGCUUAGGUUGUAACUUCCUGAACUUUGCAACCUCAAAACACUUUUUUUGGCAGAGUCCUUUGGAGUUUAUGUUUUUAUUAACCUCACAGCAAGAUUUUUUUGUUCUGCCUUGUUUUUUAAAAUGAAAUCAAAUCUGUAUUUUUUGCAAAGUAACUGCUCUUGCUUGUGAUGUAAACAAACAUGCAGCAUCAGAGAUCACAGUACAUAAAAAUCCGGAUAAAUUUCUUAAUAAAAAGCAUUUGGUUUUCUAGUAA